AUGGAAGAGGGAUACGAGCUGGACCUGACGUACAUCACGGAGCGCAUCAUUGCUGUGUCAUUCCCACGGGGAUGCCUAGAAGAGAUCUACACUCACAACCUGAAGGAUGUUACUCGAAUGCUUAAGUCCAAACAUGCUGACAAUUACCUGAUUAUCAACCUGUCAGAGAAAAGACAUGACCUGUCAAGAAUGAAUCCAAAGACUCUAGAUACAGGCUGGCCUGACAUGCACGCCCCACCUCUAGAUAAGAUCUGCACCAUUUGUAAAGCCAUGGAAAGUUGGCUCAAUGCUGACCCGCUCCACGUGGUGGUUAUCCACUGCAGAGGCGGCAAAGGGCGAAUCGGUGUUGUCAUUUCAUCCUUUGUGCAUUUCACGGACGUAUCAGCCAGUGCUGAUCAGGCAUUGGACCGCUUCGCCAUGAGGAAAUACUACGAUGAUAAGGUGUCUGCGCUUAUGACGCCUUCCCAGAAGCGGUAUGUCUGGAUACUGAAUAGCCUCCUAAGCGGAUCCAUGAAAAUCAACGCCUCACCUCUAUUUCUGCACUGCAUCAUCCUCCACGGAAUCCCCAACUUUGAUUCCUCUGGAGUAUGUCGACCGUAUGUCAAAGUCUACCAGGGAAUGCAAGCAGUCUAUUCAUCUGGGAUCUAUCACAUUGGACAAGGCCACAGGGGCAGGAUCUGUGUCACACUGGAGCCAGCCCAGCUACUCAAAGGGGACAUUAUGAUUAAAUGUUACCACAAGAGUGAAGUUUCUUCAGAGCGUGAGGUGAUUUUCAGGCUGCAGUUCCACACGGGAGCAGUGCAGGGCUACAAGCUUAUGUUUGAUAAAGAGGACAUGGAAGAAGCAAACAAAGAUCUCAGAUUUCCAGAGUAUGGCAAAGUAGAGCUGGUUUUCUCGGAGGGACCCGAAAAGAUUCCAGGCGCUGACAGAUGGCAUAACGGCGUGGAUGUUACAGUGGACUACAACACGGCCGACCCCCUGAUCCGCUGGGACUCCUACCAGAACAUGUGUGAUGCUGAAGCACCUCGCUGCCAAGGCCUAAAUCAGGACAAAGCAUCUACUAAAAAGAUCACAAACGGAGGGGAGACCACGCUGGGUCAGGGGGCCAGCACGACAUCUGCCACCUCCAGUCCUGACCACAGCGAUCACGCCCUCUCUGUCAGCAGCGACUCUGGCCUCUCUAGUAACUCCCUCUGGGCGGACAGACCCACACCAUCGUCCGCCACCGUUACUUCUGUGUCCGUCCGCUCCAACCAGGGUCCAAGCCAGCAAGAGAAAGUCCAGCUCAAACGGCUUUUGAGUGGAUUUGGAGUGGAAGACCCCGCACUGGAGGAGAUGGAUGAUCCAACGCCCAGCGUCGGCAUCCAUCACAAAAUACCAGCUCAAGUGCACAUAAAUGGAAGUCCCUCAAGAGGUCCUCAGGAGCGGGAAACGGACAUCCUAGACGAUGAGAUCAUUACAGGCCAGGAUCUGCAAAGCGUGGACAGCUUUGGGACUUUAUCGUCCUGCUGCCACAAGAGCAGCCAGAACUCCCUCCUCUCAGAUGGUUUUGGGAGUCCCGGAGGAGAGGAGCAGCAAAGCCAAAGUCAGAAUCACCUCCACCAUCCGGCACCUUCGCACAUGGAGGACUAUCAGAGACAUUAUGGUGAGGGUAGAAGGGGUCACAUUGGCUCCAUGAACAACUCUGUGGCUACUUCCAACCCCAGCAGUGCUUCCAUGCCAAAGCAGCAUGUCUACAGACAGGGAAGCUAUUCCACACAGUCCUGGGUCCGCCAGCAGCAGAUGGUCGCUGCACAACAGUUAAUUUACAUGCCCGAGGAUGGCAAUGAUACAGAAAGGUACCGGGGAAACAAAGAAAUGAACAAUUCACCCAAAGAAGACCGGACCUUGGAGCAGCAGGGCUCAGCAACCACUCCUCUGAGAGACAUAGCUCCUUACAAAGAACAAGCGACACUCAACAAAAACAACAACAACAAACGAGACGACGAAUUUAAAUCUCUCACCAUGGACAUUGACAACUCCAUUGACCAGCUCAACCAGCUCAUCAUGGACCUGGACCCUACUUUCAUGCCGCUUUCAAACCAAAACAACUCCAUCAAAAGAAACGGUAGCACGCAUGUAAACGGCUCGACUUCCAAGGGCACGAACGGCAUCACUCUCCGAUUCAGCGAGAACAACACGCAGCAGAUAGCUUCCUCUGUGGUUGUGUGUCCAGCUGUCCAGUCGAAUGAAGGAAUUGUCUCUAGUAGUCCAAAUUGUCAGGGAAGUGACAUCAUAGAUCAUCCAAGAUUCUGUAGCUCGGGAUGGACUGGGCCAGAGGAGUACAGGAGCCAGAGAAUGUAUUCACCCUCUCUACCACAGUCACAGCAUACCAUGUUGUGCAGAAGUGACAGUGCUGACUACAAGAAGCGAGGUCCAGACACAGACAGUGGAGUUGAAGCCGGGUGUGACAUGACUCCACCCACACCCGCAUUCCCAAUUUCACCACCUACACCCUACGUGAAAAAUAUGUUAGAGUUCACCCAAUCUCUCCAGCAAACCUCACCUCCCAGCAUUCACUAUGGAGGCUUCAGGACAGACCAUGAAUCGCAAGGAUAUUCAGAGACGGGCAAUCAUACUGGAGUUGAGAUUACCUCAAAUUCAAACAUCAACUGCCACAGGACACAAAAUACAACACAUUCUGUCUCCAUUGCUGGGUCACAUAACCAGACACACAGUCCAUCAAUUAACCAGUCUUGGAUAGAGCAUCCAGUCCUGAGCCAUCAAGCCUCAUUAAAUAGCUUGUCCUCCAAUAGGCAAGCACCCCAGCACUCCAUGUCAUUAGACUAUGGCCACCAAACUGUCCACCCUGUGCCAAAUAGCCACAGCUCGCCUCGUAACAGUCAGCGAAGCCGAAUGGCUGGCUAUGCCCUCAGCCGCAGUCCUGCCCAAAGCUUCGACGAACAGGAUGACUUGCGUCUAGGCUAUGGUUCACACUGUCCGACCACAGCCAUGUUGCUUGGAAACGGAGGUAUAGAAAGGGUUAUCCUUACCUCCUUGGACGGGAAUCAGUCCCAACCCCUCCAUAUGCAACCUCCACAUCUGCCUGAGAAGAAAAGGGUAUCAGACGGGGAACAUGGGGGUACAGCAUCCCCAGCACUGAGUGGAUUCUCAAGUCCACACAGUGGGAGCUCAUUGAGUAUUCCCUUCCCCAAUGUUUUGCCUGACCUGUCAACUCAUAUGCCAAGAACCGGCUCACCUUUGCCAGAUGUGCUCGUCAGCAAGCAAGUUACUGUUAAGUUUGUACAAGACACUUCCAAAUUCUGGUACAAGCCUGACAUCUCAAGAGACCAAGCCAUUUCCGUCUUGAAAGACAAGGAGCCAGGCUGCUUCAUUGUGCGUGACAGCCAUUCCUUUAGAGGCGCCUACGGGUUGGCGAUGAAAGUGGCCACACCCCCACCUUCCGUUCUCCAGCAGAGCAAAAAAGGCGGAGAUCUCACCAAUGAAUUAGUGCGCCACUUCCUGAUUGAGUGCACACAGAAGGGUGUUCGCUUGAAGGGUUGCCCCAAUGAGCCCUAUUUUGGAAGUUUAACUGCACUGGUUUGCCAACAUUCAAUAACUCCCUUGGCCCUGCCGUGUAAACUCAUCAUACCCGACAGAGAUCCUCUCGAAGAUGUGGUGGAGAACACGCCUCAGUCGGUCACCAACUCUGCUGCGGAACUGCUUAAACAGGGAGCAGCCUGUAAUGUGUGGUACCUGGGCUCGGUGGACAUGGAGUCCCUGACAGGGGUCCAAGCGGUGCAGAAAGCCACCGGAUUGACUCUCAGUUCCAACCCUCCACCAACUUCCACAAUAGUUCACUUCAAGGUGUCCUCGCAGGGAAUCACCCUUACUGAUAACCAGAGGAAGCUAUUCUUCAGGAGGCACUACAAUGUCAACACAGUCAUAUUUUGUGCAUUGGACCCUCAAGAUAGAAAGUGGAAAAGGGACGGCUGCACCUCAGCAAAGAUCUUUGGAUUUGUGGCAAGAAAAAGCGGGACCUCCACAGACAACGUGUGCCAUCUGUUUGCUGAGCACGACCCCGAGCAGCCGGCCAGCGCGAUCGUCAACUUUGUGUCCAAGGUUAUGAUCGGCUCACUUAAGAGUAAAUAG